GUUUAUUUGUGUAGUCGCUAGUCAGCUACUAACUUCAGUGCGGUGCGCUUGAGCGCAGGCGGAUUUGUUGUGCAAUAAUAAAACGUAUACCGCCAUGUUUCGUUACACGAUUGUGUUUCUUUGCGCGAUAUUAGUGCUAACUAAUGUAGAGUUUAUACAAGCUGGAAGAUUCGGCAGCGGAGGCGGUAGCAGAUCGGGUGGAUUCUCAGGCGGUGGAAGACAUUCCUAUCCUAGUUCUGGUGGUCUCUCCGGUGGUGGUGGGGGCCGCCAUAGCUAUCCAUCUUCUGGUGGAUUAAGUGGAAAUAGCGGUGGUAGUCACAGUUAUCCGAGCGGCGGAGGAAGUCACAGUUAUCCAAACAGCGGUGGAAGUCACGCUUACCCCAAUAGCGGAGGACAUAAAUACCCACCAUCAACAGGCAAUUCGGGAAGUCACACUUAUCCUAACUCUGGUUCAGGCCUGUCUGGCUCGAACAACCACGGGUACAAUAACAGAGGUGGCUCGAGCGGAGGCACUACCAACAUUCAUCACCACUACCAUUACAAUCCUCCUCAGCAAAUACACUACGCGUCGCCUCAUGGCGGUCCGGCGAUGAGCUACCCCGUCUAUCGUGGAACUCCCCCUAGUUACGUGUACCAGUACAAAGAUUCCGGAAGCAAAUACAGUUCUUUGUUGGCUGGACUGGCAUUGUUCAACCUUGGAGCCCUCGCUGGUGGCGUUGCCGGCUAUGGCAUAGGACAUCAUUCAUCCUCAAACAACAACAACAACAACUACCAAAAUUACAAAGCACAACCCGGCGAAGUAUGCUUAUUCGGCAUCAAGAAAGAUAACGGAGACUUCGAAGAAACCAGGAUAGACUGUCAGCUGAUUAGUAGCUUUAUUUACGCCGAACAGGCUAAACAACAACAGCCACAGAAUUCUCAGAAUCAAACCACCGUUACAACCACCGUGACGAAUACGACCAUCGUUAAUGCGACCAACCCUCAGGAUACGCCUUCUUACGUAUUAUCGCCAAACGGUACUCUGGUGACGCCCGGAGCGGCACCAGACGCUGGCAACGUGACUAAUGGGGCUCCAGCCACCGGUGGAACUGUGACGUCAUCCGUGACCGUCACGACCACCAACACGACCGUCAACGCUGUGGACGUCAAGGGAGCACCGAUCCAAGUCACACCCGGAAUGCAGUGUUACGUUAUGAGGAAAACACCUAGUUCUAGAAUGAAGCAUGAAGUGCCAUGUGGCCUUCUACAGACUUACGCAGAUAAAUCAAUAAAACGUAAUUCAGCUGCUCGAAAUGUACCAGCAUUUACUAUUUUAGCUGUAAUAUUUGCUGUGUUUGUUGCAUAUUAAUUUUAAAGAUCUGAUUAGAAUUUGUUACUUUCUCUAUUUGAUAAAUUUUAUACAAGUGCGCAAUGCCAAAUAAAAAACGACUUAAGACUUUGUAUAACUUCAACAAAAUGGAUACUUCUAAACACGUACCUAAUUAAAGUUUGUAAUACAAUGUUGACAAACAUAAAAGUUGAUAAACGUUUUAGUAGGUAAUUUAUUGCACUCAGUACUACCUAUACCUAUCUUUUAACACAAUAAAGCAUUUUCACUUACUAUGUCAGAAUGAUGAUAGAGUAGGUACUAACAUGUUUUAAAAUCGGUUUUUUAGUUUGAUAUAAUUAUUUGCGCGUGUUGCGCCGCGCCGACCCGCCAAGUCAUAUAAUAUGUUCACAUUAUUUUGUUAUAAUAUAAGGCGACAUAAUCUUAAAAGGGUUUUAAUUGCUCAUAAUUUAAUUUUUCUUUUUUUCUUUAACUGAUUUGGUCAAUUGAGCUAUGUUAGAUAUCAUGUUUGAUAGUUGUGUUAUGUGUAUUGUAUGACUAAUUAUUCAGAUAAAUCAAGACAUUGUGGUGACAGGUACUUAAAUUUUUAGUAACAUUUUUCCAAUACAUUUGCAACUGUGUGGCGUCAGCACAUAUUGUCAGUGAUGUCUUUUGUAUUAUUGUAAAGAUCAUUUAAUGCUCAAGCACAGUCUACCAACUUUUUUUAUAAACAUCAGAAAUGUAUUUAGAGUGGAUUCCACUACAAAAUUAAACUGAAGAUGAUUAAUCACCAAGUGAAUAUUACUUGUAUUAAAGUAAGUAGAAAUAAGACUAAUUAUUGUGAUAAUUGCCUCGUUUGGUCUCUAGUAUCAUGGGAGUCCUAACUAAUGUAAUUGUUUUAAAAGCAGACGUACCUUUUAUCGAUUUUCCUACACACCUUUUUUAACUUUUAUGAAGGUUCAGCACGAAAUGUCGACCUUUUAAUUUGACCGACUUAGCACUUUACUAGUACUUUACAUACUAUUGUCACGUCGGCACAAAACUCAAUUUAUUACGCGAAAAUGUAUGCUCUCCUUUGUGUGAUCUCAUUGAAACAUCCGUUCAAAUGUAAUGAAUAAUGACAUGUGAUUACGAUGGGACCCAAAAUUUUUGUAUUUUGUUCAAUAAAAGUGCCUUUUACCGUUA